AGCUGUCCUCUCUCAGGGACAGCCUGGCAGAGGGGCUGAGACCCCUGGCUGCUCUUGUGCCAAGUCUGGAAGGAGGUAACCCUCACGCCCCCUCUGGCUGGAGAGGGACGAGGCCAGUUCCCCUCCCCCCAGCUGGACCGCUGCCCACCAGCAGAUGUGGCCUGAGGGAGCCACCCGCCCCCUUCACCCUCAUAAAAGCUCCCCCGGGCCCUGCCUGGCCAGUGCCGUGGUCACAGCAGCAGCAUGGUGGGCGUCUCAGUGUGGCUGGUGGCCCUGGUCCUCCUGGGAGCCUCAGGGUGUGAUGCACAGCCCCGGGGCCGGAUCCUGGGGGGCCGCGAGGCCGCGUCCCACGCGCGGCCCUACAUGGCGUCGGUGCAGGUGAAUGGCAGGCACCUGUGUGGCGGCUUCCUGGUGUCCGAGCAGUGGGUGCUGAGCGCCGCGCACUGUCUAGAGGAUGCAGAAGGCGGGAAGGUGCAGGUGCUCCUGGGCGCACACUCUCUGUCACUGCCUGAGCCCUCCAAGCGCCUGUAUGACGUGCGCCGCGCGGUGCCCCACCCGGACAGCCGGCCCGACACCAUCGACCACGACCUCCUCCUGCUGCAGCUGACUGAGAAGGCCACGCUGGGCCCCAACGUGCAGACCCUGGCCUGGCAGCGCGAGGACCGCGACGUGGCGCCCGGCACGCUCUGCGACGUGGCCGGCUGGGGCGUGGUCAGCCAUUCGGGCCGCCGGCCGGACCUCCUGCAGCACGUGCUCUUGCCCGUGCUCGCCCGCUCCACCUGCAACCUGCGCACCCACCACGACGGCGCCAUCACCGAGCGCAUGAUGUGCGCCGAGAGCAACCGCAAGGACAGCUGCGCGGGCGACUCCGGGGGUCCGCUGGUGUGCGGGCGUGUGGCCGAGGGCGUGGUGACAUCAGGCUCGCGCGUCUGCGGCAACCGCAAGAAGCCCGGCAUCUACACGCGCCUGGCCAGCUACGCAGCCUGGAUCGACGGUGUCCUGGCCGAGGCCGCCUGAGGCCCGCACCCCCCACCCCGCAAUAAAGCCCUUCCGCCCGCA